AUGAGCGGGAAAAUGGAAAAAUUACUUCAGUGGUCAAUUGCUAAUACUCAAAAGAAUGAAGAUGGAAAAACUCACGACCAACCAGACCCAAAAGCUUUAGCUGAGCUAUUCGGACUUGGUGGACCAAGUGAACCAGAAUUAAUGAAGCAUGCCAUGGCUGUUAUCUCCAAUCCAGAUGCCACGGUGGAUAACAAAUUAAUCGCAUUUGAGAAUUUUGAAAUGCUAAUUGAAAACCUGGAUAACGCUAACUUGAUGAAAAACCUAAAACUAUGGGAGCCUUUGAUCAAAGUUUUAGAUGAUAAAGAUGAUGAGUUGCGUGCAUGUGCGUUAUCAACGAUAGGAAGUGCUGUCCAAAAUAAUCAAACAACACAAAAUGAUUUUAUGAGCUAUGAAACUGGCCUAAUAAAAAUUAUGGAUCUUGCCAAAGAUAAUAAAGAACAGCCAAGUUCAGUUCGUAUUAAAGCUUUUUUUGCUAUUACAUGCUUGGUAAGACACAACGUAGAAAUUCUAAAUAAAUUUAUUUCACUAAAGGGUAUUAACUUAACAGCAGAUGCCUUAAAUGAAACUCCAGAGAAUCCAAAGUUGAAGCUAAGAGCACUUUCCUUAGUUAGCGCUAUGUUGGCUACCGCCACUGUAAAUGAAGAAUUUGUCAGUGAACUAAGAUGCCAGAACAUAUUAGCUGCAUGUAUUAGGUCGCUGACACCUAAUGAAACAAACAUUUAUGUGUUGGACAGAAUUUUGAAUAUAUUGGCACAUUUAAUUAGUAACGGCAUUAAAUUUACCGAAGAGGAAACGGACGAUUUACAAAAAAAAAUUAUUUCCAUCGAACCAUUGAAAGAUCGUUUAAACGAAGAUGAUUAUCAAAUUUUAAAGCAAGUAUUGAAAAUAUAA